UCUAUAUAUAUAAAAAUAAAUACAUAUAUAUAUAUAUAUAAAUAUAUUUAAAAAAUAAUAAUAUAUAUAUAUACAUAUACAUAUAUAUAUAUAUAUAUAUAAAGCUUCCUCAGUAGACUUGAAGGCCAGUCAGACAUCUAUAUAAAUAUAUAUAUAUAUAUUUAGCACUUGUAGUUUAACCAUCAUCAGUCGAGUUGACCCACUACAGGGUCCGUUUAUAGCUGCCCAGAGAGAAGCUAGAUGAUUGAACAAGCCUACCGAGCCUCUGUUUGACAUCAAGCGCCCACAAAGAGACACACAAUAACUAGGACACGCACAACCACUGCGGCGAGCUGCAGAACGACAACAAGAGAUGCACAAUUAUUUAAGAGAAAUAUAAAAAGAGUGCAAUGUUUUGUCCCUUUUUUGUCCACUUUCUGUCUGGUUUGAAAGUGUAUUGGAAGUUAAUUCUUGACCUUCUUUCCAGUUCAGUCAUGAUUCAACACUUUCAAUUUCAUCAAUCGAAAGCAUGCUUGAAGGUCUUGGAUAUUGUGCUUCUAUUCUGUACUAAGCAAACGUUCAUCCUAACCCUCUGCAGCGGACAACAUGGCCUCCACCCUCUCUGUGCGCAGCUACUCGGUGCGCCAGCCCUCCUUCUCCAGCAUGUCGGUCAGGGACAGCGGCCGCAGCAUCCGCUCCAAGCCCUCCGUCUCCGUGGGAAGGACGAUGUCCCUGUCCCGCUCCGUCUCAUUGGGCAACGGUCUCAACAUGCUGGGCCACAGCCUCUCCUUCAACAGCCUCGGCGGCGGGAGGAGCGAUAAGGAGGCCAUGCAGGGCCUGAACGACCGGCUGGCCAACUACCUGGAGAAGGUGCGCUCGCUGGAGAGGUCCAACGUUGAAAUGGAGGUGAAAAUCAAGCAGAUCAUGCUGGAGAAGGCUCCGAAGGGCCACGACAUCGAGGGGACGAUGGCCCAGGCGCACGCCAUCGGGCAGGAGGUGAGAAAGAAGACGCUGGAGAACGCCCGCAUCAUGCUGGAGAUUGAUAACGCCAAGCUGGCGGCCGACGACUUCAGGGUCAAAUGGGAGGCCGAGGCCAUCUUGUGCCAGUCGGUGGAGAGGGACUGUCACGCUCUGAAGAGGGCGAAGUCCGACCACGACCAAAUCAUCGCCGCUCUGCGAGGAGACCUGGACAGCCUGAAGGAGGAGCUCUACUUCCUGAAGAAGAAUCACGACGAGGAGAUGAAUUUAAUGAAGUCUCGCGUGGCCAACGAGCAAGUGAGCGUCGAGGUGGAUGUAGCUCACGGUCCGGAUCUGGGCGCCAUCAUGGCUGAGCUCAGGGUCCAGUACGAGGGCAUCGCUCGCAAUAACAAGGAGGAGUCCGAGACCUGGUACCUCAACAAGUUGGAAGCAGUGCAGUCGGAGGUCAAAGGAAACACCGAGGGAUUGCGUUCUGCCCAAAGUGAGCUCAGCGAGAGACGACGAUUCCUGCAGGCUCUGGAGGUCGAACUCGACAGUCUCAGGAAGCAGGUGUGUGUGUUGGAGGGGAACCUGGGGGAAACGGGGCACAAGUACUCCAUGGAGAUGGACCGUCUCCAGGCCACGCUGAGCCAUCUGGAGGACGAGCUGUGUCAGCUCCGCUUGGACAUGCAGCGCAACAAGACCGACUACGAGCUGCUGCUGCGCAUCAAACAGAACCUGGAGAUGGAGAUCGCCACCUACAGGAGGCUGCUGGAGGGAGAGGAGACGGUGAAAGAAACACCUCCACCUCCGAAAAAAGAACCCGAUGUAAGGAUGAGGAAGAUCGUCAAAGUCGUCACCCAGACCAUGAUCAACGGCAAGGUGGUGGACGAGUCCAGCGAGGUGGAGCAGAUCGAGGAGUGCAAGAAAUGAAGAAGUUUGACGCCUCUUAACCCGAAGCCUGCUGACGGAGGUUCGGGUCUCAACGCGGCCUUCUGGAUUCAUGAAACAACCUCAUUUGAUCCGACACAAAAUAAAUACUAAUUAUACUUAAGGGCGGCUUACUGCUGUAGCUUUUACCCCCAGAGCUUUUGACCACAUGCCGUGGAUUCCCCCCAGCAGAUCUAUAGCGCCAGCUUUUUCUGGUUGUUUCAAAUGUUGAUAAACUGCCGAUCCAAGUUCAUGAAUUAACUUUUAUUUGAAAGAAAUCGUUCAUCUUCGUUCACCUUCUUGUCGGGAGCAAGAGGAGACGAACGAUACCGCUUGUCUGUGUGAAUUUAUAGCUUGUAGACUGGGAACGAGGAGGCAGCUGGCCUCGCUCUGUCCGACACAACCAGCCCCUCUCAAAGGUUCACGUUACAUUUUCUUUGUUAAAUUCAUACAACAAAAGUGUAAAAAAAAAGUAUUUAUGCUCAGCUUACCGACUGCAGCUUCAUAUUUAGUGCACAGACAUGAAUCUUUCCAGCAAGCUCUCGCUAUACAAGCAAAUAAAGAUAAUUUUCCUAAAUGUCUAACUUUAUUCUGAAACUUCUCGAAAAUAUAUUAAUCCUGCAACAGUUUCUACUUUAUGUGCACGAUAUAUCGUCUCACUGUGAAAUGGUAGUGGCCGUAUUGUGUUGUGCUUUAGUUUUAUGAUAUAGAAAUUAACAAAUCAACCAAAGCUGUAAAGUUUCAAUAAAAACUGUUUCAAAAUAAGAGUCCCUGUGCAUUUCUAAAC